AUGGCAGAUCAUGAUCGCAGAAGGGAGGCCAUGAAAUGCCAGAGAUCACAAGCCAGAGUAGAGCUGCAUACAAAUCAAGAACUGGGUUUUGAGAGAAGCAGCGGAAGCGUGAGAGAUGAGAUUAGGGAAGGUGGGCUUGAUGAAGAUCUGUGUUGCAGUUAUUUGGCUUAUACUGCAAAAGCUGCAUAG